UUUUUAUUUUAUUUUCUUUUGACUCUUUCCAUCGACCGGGUUAAUUCUUACUCUUUUGUUUUUUUUAUAUACGUACGAUAUUUCUUUUUAUCUAAUUAUACGAUGGUAUCUACUUACACACCGCACCUGGACACCACUCAAUUUUGUAACACAGACAAUCUAAUGCAUCAUCUUUGUAAUACCAAUCAUUUCACGAAACAAGACGACCAUGAUCCUCGUAUGAUACUUGGGCGUAGUGUCGUUAGCGACGAACCUGAAACCAUCACCACCAUCGAACCAUCAUCUGCAUCUUCUUCGGCCAAAUCUUCCUUAUAUGAUCAUCCAGGAUCCGAGGAUGCUUCUUCUCUACAUCAAGCCGCUUCUCAGGAGUCACUCCAGACACAACGAUCAAUAACAACUGCAUCACCACAUGAUGUUUCUUCCCGUCUUCCACAAGAAAAUACACGAAUAGCACCCCAGGAUUCAACGCAUCUUUGCUUGGCACAAGUGGAAUGUCAGAACAGUAUUCUAGAAAAGGAUCCGAAAUCGAUCUGCAUGCAAUCCAACGAGCUAAAAACCCACUUCUCAAAAGUACAGCAACUCAUUAGCGAUAACAUCAUCUUUUCCACAACCUGCAAUGCCUACAACGAUGAGAAUGAACAAGAAAUUGACUGGAGCUUCUGGGAAGCCGUCAUUCAGGAUUUUGAUCGUGUGACGGACAAAAUGUCACAUUUAUUAUCAAUCAAAUUGCGUGCCGGCAUUCCACGGCACGUUCGUGGUUUGAUCUGGCAGAUCAUGUCCAAAUCCGGUUCUCUGCAUUUAGAAACGGUGUAUGGCCAGCUGUGCCGUGAACGGUCACCUCACGAACGCAUCAUUUUGCGUGAUCUGUCCCGCACGUUUCCUCACAUUGAUAUGUUCAAGAAAGAUAACGGCACCGGUCAAAUGGCGAUGCGACGGAUCCUGGAAGCUUACAGUUUAUACGAUGCCAAUGUCGGUUAUUGCCAAGGAUUGGCGUUCCUUGUGGGCCCCUUAUUGAUGAAUAUGCCGGAAACCCAGGCUUUUUGCGUGUUUGUUAGAUUAAUGGAAACGUACGAAAUGCGAUCCAUGUUCACACUCAAUAUGGAGGGAUUGCACCUGCGAUUAUACCAAUUUUCUUCAUUGCUUUCUGAAAUUUUGCCUGAAAUAGCCGAGCACUUGGAACUGCAUGCAGUGCAUGCGGCGAUCUACGCUUCGCAAUGGUUUCUGACAUUGUUUGCCUAUGCAUUCCCUAUGGCGUUGGUCAUGCGUAUUUACGACAUUGUGUUUGUUGAAGGAGCGGCAGAAACCAUUAUGCGAGUCGCCAUUGCCAUGAUCAAACGAUCCGCCGAUAGAAUAUUGCAGGAAACUGAAUUCGAAACCCUAUUGGACUACAUCACGUCGCGUCGACUGUGCGAACCGUAUGUGGAUGAUUGGAGCCAGGUGGUCCACGAUGCCAUGGCCUUGUCCCCCAUUAUCACCCGAAAGAAGAUGGUAGAUUUGCAGACGCAGUACGAAGCCGAAGACUGUUACAAGGAUGAGAAAACACGUCCUGGUCAAGCGUUAACCGGUCGGUUCGGAUUCUGGCGACGACGCAGUAUUAAAAAAUCGAAGUCUUUCUAUCGUACGAAAUCCGUCUGCAGCAGUGAUGACGGGUUUAUGAGCAAACAUAAACCGCGCACGAGUUUCAGCUCACUGCGCAGUUUUGCAUCUGCAGCGGCGAUUCCCAGCAUGGCAGAACCCACGUCGCAGCCCACUUCGUUCCCAUCGAACGAUCCGGAAGUGCUACGACUUAUGCAUGCUCUGACCCUAUCUGAAAAGAAACACCAGUCGCUUGUCAAUGAAUUGUUUGAACUCAAAAUGGCCAAGCAAGAUGUGGAAACCGAGCGGGACGCAUUGAAAAUGACCAUCAUUGAACUUGAGCGACAUCAUUAUUCGACCACCACGCAGAGAACACGAUCACCGGAAAUAUCCCUGCUGAAGCGUUCCAAUACUGUAACUGAAUAUGGAAGGCGCAUUUUCCAUCAGUCAUCACGAUCCCUGAACGAUAUUCUACUCACGACCUCCACCACUUCUGGCUCGGUCAUGGAUGAUACAGAAAGUAUUGACAGUUCAAGGAUAGACUUGUUUUCUAAUAUGAGUGAUAAAACCUCCAUCUCCACGCGCCAAGAAGAAGAGGACAAUGCAAUGCGGGCCGAGUUGGUUCGUGUCAAGGUUGAAAAUUUCGAAUUACAGCAACAGCGGGAAAAGAUGACACAAGACUUGGACGAUAUGCAGUCGCGUUUGGAUAUGGUGAACGAGGGGCAAAUGGCUCUGGUUGAUCAAUUGAUUACGAUCAAGUCCGAUAUGGAUGAUCUGCUGCAAGAGCGUAAACGCAAAGAGAUGGAAUGGGUCGAAUUAACGGAGGAGAAUAGUGCUCUCAAACAACAAGUCGAGGAAGCGAAAGCGAAUCUUGCCCGUCACGAAAUGGCCGAGGCAUGGCAACAGCAGAACGUGUCCCACCGGCGGCAACGUCGACAUAGCGCAGGGCACGCGCACUACAUCUCACCCCAGAACAGUUACUUGGUGAUGCGUAUUCGCGAGCUGGAAAAGGAUUUACUGGACACCAAGCAGAAGCUGGCGGAAGUCGAAAAUGCACAAUUACCACCGCUCGCACUUCAUCAUCCGCUCAGUCCCAAGAAGCGAUCGCCAACGGCGCAAGGACGUCCGAACCAUCGGAAUUCAAUGGAUUCGACUGCACCGGGGCUUCAAAGAACAUCCUCGCUGUAUGGUCGUGUGUGGCACGCUCUUUCCCCUCGAUACAGCAGCUUUGCAAGCAAUAAACGUUCAAGUCUUGCAUAG